CGUUCAGCAAGGUCUGUGCCAGCGUUGCCAUUGAGCUGGGCUUAUCUGCGCAUUUCGCAACGGCCGCAUGUGUCGCUGUUGCUUCCUUCCACGCUAAAUUCUCACUCAGCGCUCCCCACUGCAACCGUAGCUUAACGCCUACCGCUUUGCGGUGCCUUGUUGUACCCGACAGUCUGUCACUGAGCCUCCAACCGAAAGCCAUAAAUGCCAUUCACCGCUUUGGUUCAAGCCACCGAAUUUCCACCAAAUCAGGAGCUGAGAUAGGCGAACGUGCAUAUUGUACCUUGCCAGCUGUGCAUCCCCACGCGCACGAGACCCAGGAGCGCCCGACCAUCUACGAACACACCGUUGUAUACGAUUAAGCAUGGCUUCGACACGCAGCAACACACUUCGCAGCAUCACUUCCGAGUUCUGCUCAGCUCUGAUUGCACCCCCUCCGCUGCCUGAGCUUCUGUCGCAGUACUUCUCGAAUAAUCCCAAGAUUACUGAGCAUGGACCCGAGUGGGCACGAUCUCGCCUUCCCUUCCUCGCGAAGACCUUCACAGGCAAAGAUGGAUGCGAAGAGUACUUCAAGCUGAUGACCGAGACACUCGCGAUGUCUCUGGGUCCAGACGCCUUUCCAGACGCCAAAGCCUUUUGCGUCGAUGCUGAGGCCGGAGUGGUGAGUGUAGUAGGAAAAGGCUACUUCUCAAGCCAAAAGACAGGCAGAGGCUGGGAUGAGCAGUUCAUUCACAAGUUCAGUGAAUUCGACGAGCAAGGUAGGAUAGGACACUGGGAGAUCUGGGCUGAUCCUCUGAGCGCUUGGGACGCUGUCGGCGAGUGAGACAACAUGGCGCAAUCCUAGAAGAAAGGCAGUCGAGUCAAGAACAAGCAUACUGUCAAUAAAAAUCUUUAAGCACAAGA